CUUGGCAGAAACACAGUGAAAGCUCAUGUUAAUUUUCACUCUCUCGCCUCGCUGUCAUCGCCCUGCCUGAUAUAUAUUAGGGACAGGUUUGGCUGAAUCUGUUUUCAACAUACUUGUCCUUAAAAUGUGAAAAGUGAUUUUUCCGUCGCCUGCUGUUUUUGUCUUGGAAUAAUCUAUGUGCGAGUCCACAUCAGCACCGCAGCCCUUUCCGUGUAGAGGAUUGCUGGGUCUACAUCCGGGCUUCCACAGCCGUGUCAGGAUAUAUUGAGGCUAGCAGUAGCCUAGAAAUGGCGAUUUGGAGGGUGGAAAUUCGUAAACAUGAGGAUAUUUGACGAUUAUUACAAAUAUGUCGACAGUUAAAGGAAAACGAUUUACCUUGAAGGGUGUGCUUGACGGGCUUAGAUCGUCCGUGAGCACACCCCCGAAGGCCGAGAUGGAGAUUGAGGAAUCGCUACGGUCCGAGCAUUUUCAAGUCUGCAAGACUGUUAGACACGGUUUCCCAUUCCAACCAACUGCCGUUGCGUUUGAUCCUGUUCAACAUAUUUUAGCAAUCGGAACAAAAUCUGGGUCACUCCGAAUACUUGGUCGGCCAGGUGUUGACUGCCAUUGUGUCCACGACAGCGACGCUGCCAUCAUCCAGAUCCUUUUCCUUGUUAAUGAGGGUGCUCUAGUGACAGUUUGCUCAGACGACAGCCUUCACCUAUGGAACUAUCGGCAGAAGCGUCCGGAAAUUGUACAUUCUUUAAAGUUUCAGAGGGAAAGGAUUACUUUUUGCCAUCGGCCUUUCCAAAGCAAGUGGUUGUACAUAGGCACAGAGCGAGGCAAUGUGCAUAUAGUUAAUAUUGAGUCUUUCAUUCUCUCGGGGUAUGUUAUUAACUGGAACAAAGCAAUUGAACUGUCUCGAAAAACACACCCAGGGCCAGUAGUGCAUCUCAGUGAUAACCCAAUAGAUGCUAGCAAGCUUUUAAUAGGUUUUGAAUCUGGUACCAUUGUGCUCUGGGAUCUUAAGAACAAGAUAGCUGAGACAAGAUACAGCUCCCCGGAGGCUCUACGGUCAAUCGCCUGGCACCACGAAGGGAAGCAGUUCAUGUGCAGUCAUUCAGACGGAAGCCUGACAACAUGGGGACUCAAGCCGACGCCCAAACCCAUGAACAGCAUGUUCCCCCAUGCCAAACUUGGCAAGGAUGGCAAACCAGACCCGUGCAAGCCUAUAACCAAGGUCGACUGGAAAUCAAUCCGAAAUGGUGAGCCGCUAGUGAUCUUCUCAGGUGGGAUGUCAUACGACCGAGCUGGCCGGACUCCAAGUAUUACAGUGAUGAAUGGAAGGAGCACCACAGUGUUAGAGAUGGAGCACAACGUGGUGGACUUUGUGGUGCUUUGUGAGACUCCAUGGUCAAAUGAUUUCCAAGACCCCUAUGCUAUUGUCGUGCUGCUGCAAAAUGAUCUUGUUGUUGUGGAUCUUACGUCGCCCGGAUACCCAUGUUUCGAGAACCCAUACCCAAUGGACCUCCAUGAGUCUCCGGUGACGGCCUGUCAGUAUUACGCUGACUGUCCCCCAGACCUCAUACCUGCGUUCUACUCUGUCGGCUCAAAACAGAAGAAAACUGGCUUCACAGAAAAGCAGGGCUGGCCAGUACAGGGAGGAGAGUGGCCCACACUGGCUUGCAGUUAUCCAGAAAUCAUCAUCACCGGACAUGCUGAUGGAUCGCUCAAGUUCUGGGACGCAUCUGCUGUGACAUUGCAAGUGUUGUACAAGCUAAAAACUGCCAAAAUCUUCGAAAAACCAAAAAAGACGCCGGAAAGUCAAGACGAUGACCCUUUUGCAAUCCAGAUGAUCUACAUGUGCAGUGAGAGUCGUCUGCUGUGUGUGGCAGGUGCAAGUCAUUGCAUGCUCUUCAAGUUCAGCAAACAAGAGGCAAAUCUCGAUAUCCCUUUUUUAGAGACGUCUAUUGUAUAUGAAAUCUAUGAUGACCUUGAUUCUCCUGAGUAUGACUACCCCAAGCCGAGUUUGGGCCUGGUGACACAGACCAGUGGUAGCAUGGGCUCCUACUCCAGUAAUACCUCCGACAGUGCCAAGCAGUCCGACCACACGACGUCCGUGAAGGUGAAGACCGGCAGUAGGAAGUGGAGUGCAGGCUACCAGCCUGACCUGGUCUGCGUUCUGACGUGGGUGGAUGGCGAGCCCCCGGGCAACAUCACCAGCAUUCUCGUCAACUCCACAUACGGCUUGAUGGCCUUCGGGAAUGAGUCUGGCCUGGCAAUCAUCGACUUCAUGCAGAGGACGUGUCUCCUGAACCUGGGCACCCCUGAUCUCUAUGGUUCCAUGGACCCCUACCAGAGGGCGCCUCGAUCUCCACGUGGAAAAAAGCCACAGAAUGCUGAAGGUGUUGGUCAGAAUUCUGAGGAAUCAAAAUCGCCAACAACAGAUCAGUCCUCGCCUCCCUCGAUGUUUGUAACCUCCCCAGUACCAGCUCCGAGAUCAAAGAAAAAAGAUGAUUCUAAAGGAGGGGCCAACCCCCCUCCCCCACGACCCCCUCCACCCAAACAUCGAGCAACUUCAGGCGACCUUAAGGUCAUCUCGGAGUGUUCAAUCGACUCAAAUGUGUUUCCGUUACAAAAUGAGCCAUUUUCUCCGUAUGAAAUUGUUGUCCAACCAGGCGACCCGCUGUUUAACAAUAGUUUGAAUUCUGAUAAAACAGGGGCCACUCUUGCCCCAUUCAGACCUAAAGCACACAGUCAGUCUGGUAGGAGAGAGCCUAAACAGGAACCAUCUCAAAACGUUGUCAGUAACACCUCGGCUUCUGAAGGUUUAGAUGAUGGUGACACGACACCACCAAUUCAUGACCCUGAUUCAAGUGGCCCUGAUCCACUGCUGGAAAGUCAGAAACCAGCUAUGAAGAAGUGUAUGUCAGACACAACGAAAAUUCGAGAUGAUCAAGUAUUAUUAAAAACCCGCAAACUGGUCCGAAGGUCAUCUUCAGACCCUGACCUUAGUGCUUUGCCUAGCAACCAAGGAAAUAAGAAGUCAUUUAUCAAAAGGAUCCGGAAUUCCUACAAAGGAAGGGGGACGAAGGAAAAGGAUUCUUGUAGUCAUCAUAACAAAUCUGAUAGUGACAGUCCACGAGAAACUGUACGUUUGGAGGUCGCUGAUAGUCAUGAGAAUCAGGUCACAGUGUUUUUGGCAGAUGAGACUGAGAUGAGUUUGGGUGUGGAACAGUCACCGACGGCGGAGGGGAAGGAAUGUGAUUCUGUGGAUGCCAGCGGGAAGGGUUUCUUGCGGAAAAUGAGUACCAAAAUACGUUCAAUGGGUGCCAAACCACGCUCCAGUGAAGCUGACGGUGAUGACGACGCUUUUCAUGUGGAGCGGGAUAGGACAAGGGGAUGGAGAGACCAGGCUAGAGCAGAUGUCAUUGACUUACGGGAAAACGGAAAAAAGCCCCUUUCCCGGCGAAUAAGCUUAGUAGACCUUUUCCAAGGCAAAAAAUUAGAUAAAUCGGACGGCGUUUCGUUUUCACGAUCUCGGAGUUCCAGCAUGUCUAGCCUAGAGAAUGUUUCGAAAGAAGCCAUCCAGUCCUUGAUGUUUGCUGACUCGUAUACCCGGAAAACAGGUAGAGAAGACAACUUCACGUGCCCAUGCCUGUGGGUGGGAACAAGCCUGGGCUCAGUCAUUGUGAUAGUGUUGAAUCUGCCCCCCACAGGGGAACAGAGGCUGACACAGCCAGUCAUUGUGUCCCCAAGUGGGACAAUCUUCCGCUUAAAAGGAGCAAUAUUAGCGAUGUCGUUUCUGGACUGUAAUGGCGUGUUGAUACCAUCAGUGUCCGAGACCUGGAAAGAGUCACCGCAGAGAGAGAACCGAGAUAGCAAUGAGAAGGCUCUCAAAAAUAGUAAUAUUGGCAUACAAAGGCAAAUGUCAUUAUCAAAUAAACCACGAAUAUCUCCAACAUCAUCAACAGAGAUGAGCGAUCGCCAGUUUGUCAUCAUCUGUUCUGAGAAGCAGGGAAGAGUUAUGUCCCUUCCAUCACAAACAUGUGCUUACAAAGUGAAAAUUACAGAGACUUCUUUUGUUGUGCGAGCUGAAGUGGUGGCUGUUAGAGAUAGCGUGUGCCUGAUGUGUUAUGUAGCAAAUGGUCAUAUUAUGGCAUUCAGUCUCCCAAGUCUGAAGCCGAUCCUAGACGUGGACUUCCUGCCCCUCACAGACUACAGGGUAGCCAGAACAUUCUGCUUUAGCAACAGUGGUCAUGCCUUGUAUCUGUGUUCCCCCACGGAGGUUCAGAAAAUAACCUAUUCUGCUGAUAUUAGUGAAACAUUAAAUGACAUGCUCGGGGACUUGUUCCUGGCCUGUGAGACUCCUGAUGCACCGAAGCAGGGGUUCUUCAAGAACCUGUUCAGUGGAGGGCCUUCGACACUAGACAGGGAGGAGCUAUUCGGGGAGAACAGUGGGAAGGCAUCGAAGGGCCUGGCUAAGCAUGUGCCUGGGAGUGGGCUGCAGCACCUGCAGGCACAGAGUGGGGCCAUCGGGGGAGAGAUCGCUCGGGCCAGGAUGGCUUUGGUGGAGAGAGGAGAGAAGAUUGGCGACUUAGAUGACAAGUCAGCCCAAAUGUUGUCCCAGGCGGAGAGUUUCGCUCAAGCAGCACACCAGAUCAUGAGCAGAUACAAGGACAAAAAGUGGUACCAGUUCUAGACAGAGUGACACAGACCUUGCCCCGCCCGCCAACCCAGGCUAGAGAUUGUUACUGUGGAUACUCGCACCAUGUUACCAUGGAAACGGGCACUGUGGUACCCCGUACAUUAAUUCGUAGGCUGCAGUCAAGCACAUACACAUGCCACACUGCCACUGUCAGAGCUGUGGCAGUCGAAGAUACGGGAGAUACAGGACAGCCCUUGUGCAAUGAUUGAUCAAUGAUUGGAUAACGAUUGAUUAACGAUUGGGAGAGCUGCAUGUGUUGAUGAGCUUGGAGUAGUGUGACGGCAUGCUUGCAGGCUGUCUAUGGACAAAUACCUCUAGGAUCUGGGCCCAAUGCUGCUCAACAUUUCACACUCGUCAGUUCGGAGUUCUGGUUGGAGUAUGUUGAGACCACGGAAUCGGCACAAUGUGAUUCGGUCGUACACCUUGCUGACCUAUUUUUGACUUAUUUAUUCCAUUCCCUAAUCAACACAGAUGUAAACUAUGUACCAUAUGUUAAGUUUACUUUUAUAAUACUAUAUUUCUAUCUCGGUUUGCAUCCCCAGUGCAAUAGUAGGUGUAGACGUAGUAUUAAUAUUACCCUGGCAAGGGACGUAACUCUACUGUGUUGUAUUACAUGAAUUGGUUGUGUGCUCAUUUGCCUCCAUCAUCCGAUAGUGGCCCUAGAAAUCCUGGUGUUUGGUUGUUCUAAGGUGAAGGGUGAACACGUCAGUGCAAUAUUAGGAAGGAGAGAAAGGUCGCGAUGACCUGUGUAGCCAAGACCUGGGUCGCAGUGACCCAGGUAGCCAUGACCUUGGCAGGGAACGCUGUUCUCUAUUUAAAUAUGUAUAAUUUGCCACAUGUACAGCAAUGACAUAACUUAUGGAGCUGAUUUAAAUUAUUUAUGUUGUAUAUAGAUGCUUCUAGUUUUGUAAAUUCUGUUGUGGAAGACAUUCCAUUAUGAGGAAAGGGAUUGCCUAUGGAUGACAUGUCUUUUCAUCUUUCUCUAUCAUGUUUUUUCGGCAAUACUUUUGACAUUCUAUGGCGUGGAAUCUGUGAGAUCAUAGUCUGUAUGUCAGAAGAUGGUGUCACUUUUAAAGGGAACUUUGUCAGAGUUCAAUGGGAUUGGAAUCAAAGUGGAUGUUUACUUAUUUUUUCCUUCCAAGAAAGUAAGUUCACAUUAUCUGAAUGUAUGCAUAUUUACAAAACCUUUCCAAUGGUGUUUCAUUCCUUGGUUGAACACUGUACUCACAUUCCCAAUCCAAAGCAUAUUAAAUAAUAUUAAAAGAGUUCUUUCAUAUUACCUGAUUACUCUUAGAUUACAUGUGGUAGUCAAGUCUCCAUGUUGUUUUAUAACACCCAUGGACUGUACAUACACAAGAAUGACAAUCUAUCAUACUCAUUGCAUGUUUUCGAUGGAAGAUACUUAAAAACUGUUCCCUGAAUCUGCCAUGCUUUUAAUAAGAGGUACCUCAAAUGAGGAUGGGGUGGCUACAGUAGAACCAGGGUAUGUAUGAAAAAAAAGAGAAAAAUUGAAGACCAAUUGUAGUAGCUGUUUGAUGAGUGUAGCAUCUGACCCAUACCGCAGUACUGUAGAAAUCAUUACAUGCACUCUCAACCAUUUGCCCACUAAGUCCAAGCAUUAAAUUAGGCCAGGCUCUUUUUUUUUUGGUUUAUGGAUUUUUUACCCAAACACUCAGCUAGUAGGUUGAAAAAAUACGAAAAUAAAAUUUCCAAUUUCUAAUAUUUGUUUGGAUUUCCCCAAAAUGCUUAAUAGGUAGUGUAGCACUAGGAAUACUGAUUCUUCAUAAUUUGUGGUGUUUUGAAGUUUUGAAGUAAAUUUUCAACAGUAUUUAAUUAUAGUAUUUGAAAUAAUAUAAUAUUUAUCGUAACAGUAAAUGUGGUUUUUUUACGUUUGACUUAUUUCUGUUUGACAUAAAGAAAACAUAACUCUAUUUUUUUCCUCAUUCCAAUUUUUUGGAGUGGGUUUUGUAAACCAAGUUUGAAAUAAAGUCUGGCCUUGUUUAGAUGAAUCAUUGGCAGUACAAACAAAAUCACUCAUACACUGUAAUCUGUGAAAAGAUGGAAAUGCUUUCACUGAUUUAUGAGGCUUAAUAAAAUAAAAGAAUUGGUUCUCAGGCAAUGGUUUUUGAAAAAUAAUGUGUGGGUGGGCGGUGUCUUUCUUUCUUUCCUUUUUUUGGUUGUUCAAAAUAGUAUGUAACCAAAUAAACAGUUGUGUAACCAAAUAAAAAGGUGUGUACAAUCAACCUGGGAAAUGUAUUCCUUGAUGAGUAAAAUACUGGAAUACAGUAUUUGACUGCUGUUGGACUUGUUUGUUGGAAUAUUUGAGGAUUUUUUUUUAUUUAAAAUAAAAUUGAAAUAAAAACUUUGUGAUGAUGUGGGCAGUGCCUGAGAACCAAGAUUAUUAUUUUGGUAGCCUCUGAAACUUUGCAACAUAUGGCCAAGUUUUUCAUUCUUCAUCGACAAUCUCUUGUCCAGGGGUAUUGGAACAGUGAAGACACCUUUCCCUCGGCUGUUGAGGAUGGUACUCUAUCAGCACAUGUGGACAUGUUCACUUAAGGAGUAUAUUCUAUUGUUCACAUGGGUGGAAACUAACAUUUUUAGUCCACUAGUCCUAAAAAAUGAUAACAUACACAGAAACCCUUAAAAAUGGCAAAUUUUUACUAGUCCUUAUGAUACCUUAACUAUUGGGCAGAUUGGCAAGGACUGCAGGACUAGUGCCAAUUUCGAACGCUGGUUCAUAUAAUGGGUAGGCCAUACUUGGCAUUUCAAGUGUGUUUAUUUACAUAUUUGGGAAAAAUAACAGUAUGAAUAGUAAGUUGGCUUUAUCUCUGAAACUACUUAAGAAUUGUUUGCCUUUGCAGAUAUUUUGUCCUGGGAGUAAAAACAAUAAUCUAUUGACUUGCACAGUAUUUCAGGGCUAAACUUAGGAAGUAGUUGUAAUGUUAGAUGAGUGGUUUAUUUGUUGGGAUGUAGAAGCAAGAGCGUGAAAUUUUGACUUUGUUUUAAUUGUUAAUAAAUUUCAGUUUGCAUAUACCAUUUGUCUAGGGUUGUACAUGGCUGUGGUGAAAUGUUGUGUGGUCUUGUAAAGCCAUUUUGUAAUUUAGCCAUUUGACUCGAGGGACCUUUCAGGUGAUUUACACUUAUUGUAUACAUAAUAUAUACUACACAACCUUAAGUGUUUAAUAAAAACAUAAAUAAUGUUAAGCUAUGAUAUUUGUUUUGUAUGUUUCUUAUCAUCAUGUUGAAUGAAUUUUUAUCAGGCGAUCAAUCAUUUUCGUGAUUUUUUUUCUGGUAAAAAAAAUCGUAUUUUAAUAGAAGUUGUGUGAAUUUCAAGAGUGGACAGACUUAUCUUUGAUACUUCUCUUGCCAUGUGUAUGGCUGCUGAUGGAAUCGGAGAAAUUUCUGCCAUCUGAGAGAUAAAACAGGAACAUAACAUGGUGAUUUUAGAAACAGUCUUAUGUGAUUUUCUUUUUGAUCAGGGAGACUUAUGGUACUAGGAACAAAUAUUGUCGAAAGGAUAUCACAAAAAAACAUUAAAUGAAGCUGAGUUUGGACUGGAAUUCAAGAGCCAUUGACAUACUGAUCUGUAAGCGAUUAUGUAUAGAACUAAACAUUAACUGGCCUGUCUUCAAGGUAAAUAAGGUAAUAUAUUAUGUAAUAUGAAACAAAUUGCAGUUCAAUUACAAAAGAGGUUUCUGAGAAAAUAUAAUGUGUUGAAUAUAGGUCUUUGACAGGGUAUGUGUCUGUUAUGUGUAAUCUCAGGGCUUGGGCAGUAGGUGUGAGCUGUUAUCUGUGCAGUUACAAUAGGACAGAGCUAGAUGUUUGUACAUUUUAGCAGCUCUUAGGCUUUAAACUCCAGUAUAGCAAUUUGACAAUAAAGCACUGCUGAUAAAGUAACAGAUGUGAAUAUUCGAUUUGCGGAAUAAUACCUACAUAUUUAUGAUUUCUUUAUUCAUUAAAUAUUUGAUUUGUUUGUUUGCUAACAAAUCAGUGAUUGCAUUAUCUUUUUAAUUUUCAUGUGUCGAAAAACUAUGCUGAGAUUUCUCCAAAUCAUGUUGCGUGGAUACAUUUGUCUGCAUGAAUUGAUAAUGGCCAGAGGGAUUAAUUGAGAUGUUGGCAUUCACUGAGAAAGCAGGCUGUGGAUUUUAUCUGUUAUUUGUAUCAUAGUGAACUGACAUUGAAGGAUUUGAUUUGUUAUUUAAGUUUUGUGAACCUUGGUUUAUGAAUAUUGCCAGUGAGUUCAAUUUUAUUGUUUUGAAACUAGUUUGAAAAGCAUGUUAGUGUUAGGUUUCAAACGGAACAAGAGGUAUCAAAUAUUGGAUCAUAUAUAUCUAACCCUGUUGUUAGUUUGAUCACUCAGGGUCUGUGUUUGAAUCCUCAUGGUACUGUUGGAAGUGUUACUUGUGAUGUCACAUAUUGUCAUAUGGAUGCAAUAUUUAUAAUUCUUUAGAGUUUAUUAAGUUAAUUAAAAAAAAAAAUCUUAUUAAUUAUUUAGUUAUUUUGUUAGUGUCAACUUUAUUUCUUAUUUUAAAGUUUUACUUCAUACACUGCUUUCUCAUUGUAAUCUCAACAGCAAUAAUGCAUCUGGGGAAAUGUUCUUGGAAAAAUUCUAUGAGUCAUUUUACACUGAAAAGAAUUUUGAUGUAUUAUCAUGUGUAAUUGUGUCUUGAACAUUCUCGGUCAAGUUUAUACAUUCCAAAGAUAGAAAUGAUCUUUUGGCAGUCCAGUUGAAAAGUCAUUUAUAUUUAUGACAUAACAUGAAGUCGAUUUAUACUUGGGUAUUUUGACAAUCCUUUAAACAGUGCGGUAGCAUAAUUGAUGCGAUCAUUAUUUAUGUACCUGUGAGAAACCUAAUUUGCUUAAGUCUUUUUGUAUAUAUUUGGUUUACGGAUCCUCUGAUCCAAAAUUUCACAAAUGAUGAUAAUUUUUCUACUUCCAUAUUCAUUUAACAAGUUUCUUUAAUAUUUAACAGGAGUUGAUCAAAAUAGGAAGAAAAACAUCUUUUUCAAGUCUUUUUUUGUUCCGAGUGUCCAAUAGUUUCUUGAAAUAUGUUUUAAAUUUUGUUUAUUAACUUCCUAUAUUUCAACAAUCAACCAUGUAGCUUUGGAAAAAUAUGUAAACCAAGUAAUUACAAAUACAGACCUAAGGGGUACUUACGAGUGAGACUGUUAAACAAUGAACGUGUUGUUGUUUUGUCUGUUGUUUAGUGCAUUAAACCAUGCAGCAAGAUUUAUUUAUUUUAUUGUCCAGAUAAUAUAUUGAAAUGUUGAAAAUUCAUGUUAUGUUUAUGAGAAACUUUCUAAAGUUUGGAUGUUAGAUUUGCAUAAUCAUCAAUAAAUGGCUGGGGUAGUAAUAGAAUUAGAUAUUUUAUUACCUAUUUGAGUCAUGACGUAGUCAAGCUGAGCUGUUUCAGCUGUAGAAGAGUGACAAGCACUUGAUGAAAUCGGCACUGACACUGACGAAGUCAAUAUCGACAUGUCACGUCAGUUUCACGUCAAUCAAUUGCAAAGAGUGACAAGCACUUGAUGAAAUCGACACUGAUACUGACGACGUCAAUAUCGACGCGUCACGUCAGUUUCACGUCCAUCAAUCGCAAGUCUUCGAUUCAUCUCAGCAACUUGAAUGCAAAUGUUGACACCAACGUCCUAUGUGUGGAAUGGUUUUGUUUCCUUGUUUCUGUAUUGUUUCCUUAUUGUUAUUGAUUAUUGGGAUGUUAAUGAAUUGUUACCAACAUACUAUGGUCCAUUUUAUUGCAUAAUUCUUCUUAUAAUUACCUUGGACACCAUAACGGAAUGUGAUACCUUUUGUAUGUUUUUAUAGCGUUUCUGUAGACUAGCAACUGAACUUUGACAUGGAUCCUGGUAUCGCUGUUCUGGCUAGGGUAAUGCUGUCUUGAAAAUCUGGCAUGAAUGAAGUUUAAUUGUUCAAGUUCAAUUUGAUUAAAUGAAAAUUAGUAUGUAAUUGUAUGUAAAGUGACUAAUUUCCAUGUUGCAUGUUGAUUAAUUCAUACAAAUUCUUAUCAAUAUAUGUUGAGUGUUAAAUUUUCUAAAUGAUUUAACUGAAGACGUCAUAUGGCAUCAAUGUUAUUAAAAGAUUUUCUGCCAUUUUUCAUGAAAACACUAGGAUGCAGAGGAACCCACAGUAUUAUGAAUAUAUUAUAUGGAUUAUUUCACAUGUCUGAAAAAUAAAUUUUCUAUACAAUUUGCAUCAGUGGAGUGAAAUUCAUGACUGUUAAGUGAGCCUUUAUGAUGUCAGAAUUUACGAAGACUUAGGAAGUGUUGGUCUUUAAAGAAAUUAUGCCCUGAAAGUUUGUUAGAAUAUCUGUAGCUGUAUGUAAAAAAAAUGUAUGUAUUCGAAUCCCAAAGAUAAGAUUGAGACUGGACAUUACUGAGAGACAAUGGCUUGUUAUAAGUGAAUGGUCAACUGUACAUAGAUCACCAAGUCCAAGACAAGGCAAUUGGUUUGUUUUUUGUCUGUAUCACUUUAGCAAGGGACACUGUGUAAUAUAUUUCCAAUGAAUUCAAAAUUGUGAUGGACUUUUGAACUUUGCACUGGCUUUGUCAUAUUCAUGAAUUCUUUCAACCCUAUAUUUUCAAAAUGGAUUCUUUGAGAUGUUUUCAUGGGAGAGUCCAAACAAAAUUCUAGGGGUUUAAUGUAGUCACGUGUUGAAGUCAGUAUUGCACUUUUGCAUAUUAUGUACUGAUUUUGAGGACACAGGACAGCAGCUAAUGGUUUCAAACUUUGGAUGAAACUUUCUUUAUAUGGAGAUAAAAAGGUUGAUAUUUCAUUAACAUUUUCUCUCUCAAGCAUUAUGUUGUUUUUAUUGGAGAAAAUAACGGAGGUUUAGAUAAAUACAUAGCAUGGUGUCAGUGGUUGACUAUUGUAGUAUAUGACCAGCUGUCCGGGACUGAAAGAAAUUGCAAUAGGAAGCCAGAACAGAGAGCAAAUCAGAACGAACUUGUAACUUUAAAUGACCCACAGUUUCUUUUAAUGAGUAACAGGCUUUAUGUUAUUUUCCUAAGCAGGGCCAAUUAACAAGACCACUUAUCAAGGAUAAUGUAUUUAACAGUGGUGGAUUGAAAGAUGGUCAAGGGGUUUGAAUUGAAGCCUUCUUUUGAAAAUAACACGUAAUAAUAUCAUGGACCCUUAUGACAAAAGAAAAUAUUUUUGUUCUUUUUGAAUAAUUAUCUUGUGACGUGCCCUUCACUCACUGAAUUGAAGGUAAAAUUUAGAAAAUGUGAAACCCCUUCAAACAAAUCUGAAACUGAAGUUAUUUAAAAUUUUAAUUCCACCUUACAAAUCCUGGAUCAGUCUCUUUAAUGACCGUUUCUGUGAGAUGAGAAUAGGUAUUUAAUGGAAAUCCUGAAAAUGUUGAAGCUCUUCGAUGCUGGACUCGUGUCGUCACCCACCUUAACCCUUCUGCUGCUGACUGGUAUUACAUGUUUGACAUUAAAACCAUUGCACUUGUAGCAAGUGUUAAAGGGUUAAGGCUGCAAGUGAUGGACAGUGACUGCUAGUGUUAACCCCUUUCACUUUAACUGUCCAGUCUAGAUGCUUUAACCCUUGUGAUUUUCUUCCUUCUGUCCAGUGCUAUUGUGUUUGAUUGUGUCACAAUUGAAAAUAAUACCUUAAACAUAAUAUGUACAAAGCUGUAGAAAAAUAUCACACAAUAAACAAUUUGAACUUAAAA